CUCCGUCGUCCUUGCUUACAGACAUCAUCCCAGACACCUCUAGCACUAUUGGCUAAUCACAGGGAGCUUGCGCGCGGCUGUAGCCUGACAGUCGCCAAGUCCGUCUCGCCCUAUCAUCAGCCUCGUCAACUAAAUUCACGUCGGAGGCAACAACCACAGCAUCACUGCAGUUUCGACUCAAGAAGCAGCCAUGUCCGAAUAUUGGAAAAGCACACCCAAAUACUGGUGCAAGCACUGUAAAAUCUACGUCCGUGACACAAAGCUCGAAAAGGCAAACCACGAUGCGACACCCAAACAUCAAGGCAAUUUAAAGCGCUUCUUACGAGACCUACAUCGAACACAUGAAAAUGAAGAGAGGGACAAGGAUAAAGCUAAGAAUGAAAUCGCCAGGCUAAGCGGGCUUGCGUCUGGGAGCUCUGGCGGCGAAAGCUCCAGCUCAGCAUUUGGGCGCGCGCCAACCCCAAGAAUACCAAAAGGGCAAGCGACGCCAUCACAGCUGAAGCAACAAGCUUCCCAACUUGCGGAGCUAGGGAUCAGUAUACCCGAUGAGUUCAGGGGCGAGAUGGCAAUGCCUGGGGAGUGGCAGGUUACUUCACAACGGCUCAUUGCGCCAGAGGGGGAGGGCGAGAAAAAGCCCGAGGCUCUAGGAUUUGGAGUCAGGAAACGGGUUGCUGAAGAUGAAGAUGAGGAGAUAGUGCAGGCGAAGAAGAGCAAAUGGGGCUCCGCGUAUCGAAAGCAUCCCGGAGCAGACACAGAGAACGAUGACCUCGACGAGUUGUUGAGCAGAGUUACCGCUCCAAAAGUGGAUCCGGGCGCCUUGGAGACGAAACAAGAGCCUCCCAGUGACACUGCGGCGACCCCGAAGGUCGAGGCAGUUGAUAGCUCCCUGGUCAAGGCUGAGCCGGAUGAGACUGCUGGUAUUAAGGCGGAGCCACCAUCCGAUGAGCCAUUGUUACAGACAGAAAGUGCAGCUGUUGCUAGCGCUGAUGUAAAGCAGGAAGAAGGCGAAGCUGUUGGAGGCGUAGUUUUUAAGAAGAGAAAACCAAAGCCUAUGAGGCAUAAGUGUAAGUGAGAGGUCAUCGUCGGAGAACACUCAUACCCAUGGGUGGAAUGAACGCCAGAAAUCGAAUCCUGAUGAGCCGUGGCAAAGGAUAUAUUACUACCUGCGCUAUCUCAACUACGCCGAUAUUAGCUGACUUCCAGCAUUGCCAUCGAGGUACCAAUCACGGAACCGAUCAGCCAAAUAGCGAUGGACUUAUGUCCCGCAAAGGCUUGCAAUGUGAAAACGAUGCCACAUUUCUACUGAGGGGCCUUGCAGAAAUUAAAGCGCUUGGCCAACGGCUUAGUACGAGCUGUCAUCUGCGAUGAGGAUAAGGAUAGGAAGUCACCCUUGUAUGGAGGCAUGGCGACUUAAGCUAUUAAAUAUGGCACAUGGAUCGGCAGUGCUUCAUCUAGAAGGAUUCGAGAACCAUGUUUGGAAUAGUUUCAAAAGCACUGCAUGAUAGCUGCAGCUCUACUGAAUAUAAAAAUUAGCUCACCGG